AUGGACAGGAAGGCCCUCUUCUUCCCGUGCGGCCUCGUCCUAGCAUCCGGGUACCUGAGCACUGCAACCCCCGUCGACUACUCCUUCGCCUUCGACAAGCCGCUGCACACCGUCGCCAUCGUCCUGCUGCUGACUGGCCUCGCCGUUGUCGCAAUUGAAGCCUGGUCGUCGCGCAGUGCACAGCCGCAACCGCAUACAAGAUAUAUCGCCAUAGCCCUGAACCAGGUGCAGAGCAGACCGGCAGCCGAAGAGAUAUGGACAGAGGCAGGCCAGCCAGGUCGGCGGAGAGGAUGGAGCGUUCGGGCUGUCGGCGCGCUGUUGGCCGUCCUGCUGUUCGCGAUAUGCGGGCGCAUAGCCAUCUUCUACCGCGUCACCAAGGACGUCGAGUGCAGCGGCCCCUCUGCAUUGCUCGACCGCGUCUACAGCUUCAUCUUCGACGGCUCCACGCGAUACAUCAUUCCCUCUUUCCUGCUCUCUGUCAGCAGCUUCCUUGUCAUCAUCAAGUCCAGCUCGUUGCACUCCAACUACAUCUGUCCCACCGCAGACUCGACUGCAACCGCCAUUCCUUUCCUUCAGUUCCUCGGCUUCUUGCUGGACUGCGUCAUCGUCCAGAUAGUAUACCGUCUGAUCGACGAUGGUAUCUCCGAGGCCGACGACUGGACAAUCCAUCUUGCAGAUGGUACCUCGAAUCAUCUCUUAGUCGGCUUGACACUUACUGCAUCUUCUUUGGUCCUUCUCGUCGCCGGCAUUAUCAUAUACCCCGCAAUGCCUGAGCAUCGCGAGUGGAUGCUCUCAUUUCCGUCUGAAUAUCUCCUUGGUCUUUUGCGUUUAUCGUUGAUGAUACCCUUUAUGACGUUAUGUUUCCUCAAAUCGGCUCGAUUGUAUGGCGUUAUGAGCGCUUUGCUCCUUGGUGCAUUUUCCUCUGCAUACAUUGGCGUUCUCCGUGCUCUGGGCACCGGCGUGUCCUAUUCGUUCCCACCAAAAUCCACCGUCGGACUUGUUUUGUGUUUGACUCUGCUCACCAUUGCGCUCAUCCUCUACCUCGUCACAGACACCAGCAUCGAAACCCGCAUACGAUCGAAAGUACCCAUCCGCCUGGGCAGGAAUCAGUCGGCUGGAUUUAUCGUACUUCUCAUCGCCUUCUCCAUCGGUGUUGUCGUAUAUCGUCGGCACGGUCCCGUUCUCGAACAUCCCAUCACUACCUUGAUCGAUAUCGCGACAGUCCAGCACGACCGAUGGGCAUCACAAGCCUACCGGAGUAAAUCUCUCUCGGAGGCCGUUGUGCAAUAUCGAAAACGUUACAACCGCGACCCUCCGCCGAAUUUCGACAAGUGGUAUCACCUUGCCAUUAGCCGGAACUCCAUUGUAAUCGAUGACUACGACAAUAUCGAACAAGACUUGGCACCCUUCUCUUCCUUUAACGCCGAUGAUCUUCGCUUACGUACUGCCACUGUCUUGGCUACGCAUGAGGGGGUCGGUGGAUUACGCAUAAGAAACGGGAAGGUGGAGGUCUUCAACAACGUACCCGGUACACAUCGUUGGAUGAUGGAUGGCGCGGCGGCCAUGAUUCAGCAGUUCUCCGAGUCGCUUCCGGAUAUGGAUCUUGCUCUGAACCUAAACGAUGAGAGUCGCGUGGCUGCACCGUACGAGCGGUUGCGAGAUGCGCUUGACAAGCCUCAGCAGUACCGCUCCCCUGAUGCGUCUCGCCCGGGUAAAGACUUCAGCGUAGACCGCGCAGAGAAAUGGCUGGACGUGGACCGCGUACGAACGGAUCCGCAUUUUUUCGUCGACGCGCGCAUCAAGCAUUCGUAUGAGACCUUCGGUUCUGUCGCAUGUCCACCUGAGUCGCGCGCACGAAAAGAGCGGCAUUGGCAGACGAGAUCCUUCUGUCACACUUGUACCCAAGGUCAUUCCAUGGGCGCAUUCGUGGCUAAUUGGAGCUUAUCAUCAGAACCGUGCCAUCAGCCAGAUAUCGCCAAUCUACACGGCAUGCAUCUCAGUCCUGCUAGUCUUAUGGGUACUCAUGACAUGGUUCCAAUCUUCAGCCAGAGUCGGGCUCCCGGUUUCGUCGAUAUCAGAUACCCAUCACCAUGGAAUUACUUGGGCAAAAGCAAGUAUGGUUUUGAUGAAAAGUUCCCCGAUCCUCACUUCCAGGACAAGGCAGAUGUUCUCUUCUGGCGCGGGACAACUACGGAAGGUGUGACUACCCAUGGCACUUGGAAAGGUAUGCUCCGUCAACGAAUCGUGCAUCUCCUGAACAACGAAACAUCCCGUCAACCGAUCCUUCUUCCGAAACCCGAUCAUAGUGGCCACCUGGAGUACAUGCUGAAGCGCACGAAUGAUAUCAAGAGACUUCUCGAGACGAAAACUGAUGUCCGCCUUGUGGGUCCGAUUGCGCGCUGUGCAGGCCAAGACUGCAUUGACCAAACACGGGAGUUCGGCUUCGGCGAUCCUAUUGACUUCAAGCAACACUGGCGCUACCGCUACCUCUUCGACGCGGAUGGAGCUGGCUUUUCCGGUCGCUUCCUCCCUUUCUUACAGUCCAACUCAGUGGUCUUCAAGGCUGCCCUCUUUCGUGAAUGGUACGAAGGUCGCCUCACUGCCUGGAAACACUUCGUUCCUGUCGAUCUACGCUUACACGAUCUCUUCUCUUCGCUCGCGUACUUCGGUGGGUAUGGCGUCGAGGCGAGGAAUAAGCGCAUGGUGGAGGGUCACAUCAAGGCUGCAGAGAAGAUCGCACGCGAUGGCAAGGUUUGGACGGAGAAGGUGUUGAGGAAGGAGGACAUGGAGGUGUACAUGUUCAGGCUGUUGCUUGAGUGGGGUAGACUGACGGAUGAUGCGAGGACGGAAGUGGGCUUUCGCAUGGAGAAAGGGAAGUCGAAGGCUCGUGAGAGGACGAGUAGUGUUGAGCGAGAGGUGGAAGAGCUGUGA